UCAGCAACUUAUAGCGGGACUUCAGGACUGCGGCAGGCAUUCUGACACUGGGGGGAGCUGAUUUGGUGUCACUGACAUUCCCAGUGACACCAAUACAGUGAUCAGUGCUAAUAAGAAGCCCUGACACUGUACUAAUGAAACUGGGCAGGAAUGGGUUAAAAUGUGGGCCAAUCAAAGGGUUAAUUGUGUGCUGUUUCACAGUGUGCUGUGUGAGUGCUUUCCACUGCAAGGAGCUGACUGGGGAGAGAUCUGUGUUGUUUAUACACAGCACAGCAGCAUGUUAUUGCUGGUAGGAGAGAGACCUGUGUUUUUACACACAGGCCUCUCCCCUGUUAGUGGUACUUAGCAAUCACCAAGUGCCAGCAGAGAA